GUAGUUAGUGUAGUUGCUGUAGUAUGUGUAGUUGGGGUAGUUGGGGUAGUUAGUGUAAUUGCUGUAGUUGGUGUAGUUGAUGUAGUUGCUGUAGUAUGUGUAGUAUGUGUAGUUGGUAUAGUAUGUGUAGUUGCUGUAGUCGGUGUAGUUGGUGUAGUAUAUGGAGUUGGUGUAGUUGCUGUAGUUGGUGUAGUUGGUGUAGUUACUGUAGUAUGUGUAGUUGGUGUAGUUGGUGAAGUUAGUGUAGUUGCUGUAGUUCCUGUAGUUGGUGUAGUUGCUGUAGUUACUGUAGUUGGUGUAGUUACUGUAGUUGGUGUAGUAGCUGUAGUUGCCGUAGUUGGUGUUGUAUGUGCAGUUGGUGUAGUUGGUGUAGUUACUGUAGUUGUUGUAGUUGGUGUAGUUACUGUAGUAUGUUUAGUUAUGUUUAUGCGUAGUUGGUGUAGCUAGGUGUAGUUGGUGCAGUUACUGUAGUUGCUGUAGUUGGUGUAGUUAGUGUAGUUUGUGUAGUAAGGUGUAGGAUGUAGUUGCUGUAGUUAGUGUGGUUGGUGUAGUAUGUAUAGUUGGUGUAGUAUAUGUAGUUGGUGUAGUAUACGUAGUUGGUGUAGUUGCUGUAGUUGGUGUAGUUAGUGUGCUUGGUGUAGUUAGUGUAGUAUAUGUAAUUGGUGUAGUUACUGUAGUUGCUGUGGUUACUGUAGUCUGUGUAGUUGCUGUAGUUGGUAAAGUUACUGUA